AAAUAGGUGGUUCCGCGUCCCUUUUGACCUCCAGUCCAGAUCACUCUGAACAAAGUCAGCAUGGCGAUCUCUCCUCUCUCUCUUCUCGUUCUCGCUGGCUUGCUAGGAUCCUCGGCUACCGAAGAUCUUCAGAAGAAGGUCUUCGUUUUCCCGACAGCAUCAAACAACGCUGCUGUGUUUUUGAAGGCCCCGCUCCGGCGGCCGCUGACCAGCUUCACCGUGUGCCUGAGAUCCUACACCCUCUUGACCCGUGCAUAUGGCCUCUUCUCUUAUGCCACCCGGAGAAACUACAAUGAACUCCUCCUCUACAAGUUCGGCCCAAACCAAUACAGCCUUUACCUGGGAGGCUCCACUGUGAGCUUCAACCUUCCGGAAAAGCAGGGCGCAGAAUCGGAUUGGGAACACAUCUGUGUGAGUUGGGACUCUGCCACAGGGUUAGUGGAAUUGUGGGUGGAUGACCAUCUUUUGCCACGCGUGGGGCUGAAGAAAGGUUAUGCCAUCAAUCCCGAGGCAUCUAUUGUCCUUGGGCAAGAUCAGGACUCCUUCGGAGGUGGCUUUGAUAUCAACCAGUCAUUUGUAGGAGAGAUAUCAGAUGUAUACAUGUGGGACAGGGUGCUGUCUGCUGAUGAAGUGAAUCUUGUCUGGAAUGACAACAGAGUUGAUAACUGCCUGAUUAACUGGAGAGACCUAGAUUAUGAGACCAGUGGUUAUGUGGUUCUUCACCCUCCUGUUUUUCCAAGCUACUGAUUGAAGAACAGUUGCUAAACAAAUCAAUUCCCUUAACAGCUGGUCUUCUCUAUCACUAGCUUAAAGCAGUCUAAAGAUUGUACAACACUAAUUCAGUAAUGGUUAUUAUGCUGAUUUCAAUGAUUUUAAGACUUCCAUGGACAAACUAUCAGCAUAUUCUUCCAAGAAAUCAUUACUUUAAUCUUGUUUCAUUUUCUCUUAAUAAGAAUUUAUACGAGUGUCAUCAACCAGAAAUUCUAUGGCAAAUUUCCAUAUUAAAAAUGGCUAUAACUAUGAUUUUAAAAAAUUGAUUCCAAAAAAAUAAACAUUAGCAUAUUUUCCCUCCA